GUAGCGCUACUCUUUGCUAGGGCUGUGGCGCCAAUUCGGGAUGGCGUAGCUCACCACUGGUGUACUGAUGAGGAUGGGGCUAUUCCGCGCGGAACCUUCUCACGCUUCAUGAAACGCCGCCGCUUCGAAGACAUUAUGACGUUCCUGCACUUCAACAACAAU